CAAAGACCUCGCUGCCGCCAUCUUUGUUAGGGGCAGCCGGGCCUUGGGUCUGGAGAUGCCCAAGUCAUGCGCAGCCCGGCAGUGUUGCAACCGGUACAGCAACCGCAGGAAGCAGCUCACCUUCCACCGGUUCCCGUUCAGCCGGCCCGAGCUCCUGAAGGAAUGGGUGCUGAACAUCGGUCGGGGCAACUUCGAGCCCAAGCAGCACACGGUCAUCUGCUCAGAGCACUUCCGCCCCGAGUGCUUCAGUGCCUUUGGAAACCGCAAGAACCUGAAGCACAACGCGGUGCCCACGGUGUUCGCCUUCCAGGACGCCGCGCAGCUGGUGACGGAGGACACAGACCCGGCCACUGAGGGUGGAAACGCUGACUCUGGGAAGGAGAAGGUUCUCCCUGGGGAGGGGGCCAGGGAUCAUGGCCCAGGCAGGAAGACCGACUCUGCCAUGGAAGCGCUGCAGCCGCCUCCCAGCACCGGAGCCCCUGUAGGACAGGCAUCGCCCCCAAGACCAGAAGCGGCCGAGGCCCCUGCGCAGAGGGCCGCCCCCCCACAUCCAUCUGACCACAGCUACGCCCUUUUGGACUUAAACACCUUAAAAAAGAAACUCUUUGUGGCGCUGAAGGAAAACGAAAAACUGCGGAAGCGCUUGAAGGCGCAGAGGCUGGUGAUGCGGAGGAUGUGCAGCCGCCUGCGAGGCCUCCAGGCUGGGCAUUCGGGCCUCCAGGCUGGGCCGUGGCAAGAGCCACGGAGCUGAGCCAGGCCACUGGGCUUUCUCAUCUGAGGCCCCGGAGAUGAAGCCGCAGUUUGGGGGCUCUGGCUGUGAACCCUUCUGUCCUGCUGCUGAGUGGCACUGAGUGGCAGAGGCACGCCAGGCCAGGACCCCGGUGAGCCCGGUGUGGCCUCAGGUGAAGCCUGGUAUCAGGCCGUGAGGGGCUGGAGCUGGGAGCCUGAGAAACCCCUGGUGCUCCAGGGGGUGACAGCCCUAGCUGUCCUCUCUCCAUCAGCCAGUGUCCUCGGAACUGCAGUUGCUGGGCUAGGGUGGCACACAGUCCCCCAGUGGGGCAGCUGGGUCCCAGGAGAGUCUGGGUGGGUGGGUUGGUCCCACCCACAGCAGAGGGGGAGACAGCCAACUCUCGGGCAGCAGCAGUGGCCCCUCCACGGCCUGGACAGCUGGCUCUCUGGCUGAGACUGGCCUGUGUUCUAGGAUGGCCUCUUCCUGGCUUCGUCUGAUGGAACUAGGGAAUAAAGCGUCUUCCUACA